AUGUCAUAACUUCAAAAGCAGUACAACGAUGAGGCCUUCAAAAAGGACUUAAAAAAAUUAAAAAUAAUUAGUAAAAAAAAAAUUAUAAACAGUGUAGAUAAGAGCUAUGAAACACGUACAGUUUUUAAUUUGAAGUCUUGCCAUCAGAUCAAUAAAAGAUUUAUUCCUACAUUACAAUAUUUCUAAAAAAAUAAAUAUGAUGAAAACUUUACUUAUGUUAAAGUAAACAAACCAGAAAUCAAAAUUGUAAAUAAAGCUUCGUAUUUGUUUUUAGAUAAAAACAUGGUUGCGAUGUCUGAUAUAAAAAUGCCUCUAUACUAGAAUCUUCAUUUUCAUUUAAACUUAGGAAUUGUAUAAAAUAGAUAGUCUCCUUCUUACUUUCUUUAUCCUUACCUCAAAUACUACUACAAUGAUACUACCUUACUUAAAUUAGGAUAUUACAAAAGUAGGGCUGAUCAUAUCUCUUUUUCAGUACUUAAAAACAUUUAUGCUGAUAUGUAUCUAAGUGCAGAAAUCAAAUAAGGUGAAUACAUAUAAGGAGUACCUCUUUCAUAAAAGACUUUCAGAUUUAUAAAAUUAAACUCAAAUAGCUAAGUUUAUUUGAAUUAUGGUGACAUUAUUUCUCUUGGAAUUUAACACUAAUUAUGGAAAAGAGGCAAUUAUAAAGCUUUAUUUAACCUUGAAUAUAAUGAUUUACAAUUUGACAAAAAUCCUUCGUCUAACUUAUUCUUAAAGACAUAAGUUACUAAAAAGAUACCAAAUACAAAUUUUUCAAUAAACCUUUAGGCUAAUUAGUCAUUUAUCCUCUCAGAAUAAGAAAUAAAUGCUUCUUAUAAAGUGAAUAAUUAUUGGAAAGUUAAAUUAGGCAUUUAAAUAUAAUCUGAUUACAUAAAUUUAAUUGCUGGAUUUAAAAAAAGUAACUUUGAAUUAAGUCUUCCUGUGUUAUCAUUUGAAGCCUCUCAUUAAAAACUGAUUUCCUUAUUUGGAAUAGUAUCUCUAGUAGCUAUUUUGGGAAUCAAAUAUUUUAAAAAAAGCAGUUAAAAAUCUGAAAAUGAAAAAGAGGCUCAAUAUCAAAAAGCCUUAGAAGAAAAAAUAAAGAAAAGAAAGGGAUAACUUAGUUUAAUAGAAUUUUAAUCUUAGGAGAACAAUUAGUAUUAAAUUAAUAGAAAUGGUUUGAUAAUUAUAGAAGGGUAUUAUGGAAAUUCUCAACAUAUUAAAGAGUUAAAAGAGUCAAUAAACAGGGCAAACUAUUUACAUUAAAAUAAAGCAAGAGCUGAAGUUAUAGAUGUUACAAUCCCUUUGAGAUUCUUCUAAAGUAAAAGAGGCCUUAAUAUUUAAACAUUAAGCAAAGAGAAUUUAAUAGGAUUCUUUAAUCCGUGUAGAGAAAAUGAUUGCAGUAAAUCUCUGCUUAUUAGGUAUAGUCUAUAUGGAUAGAUAUUUGAGCAAAUAUAUAUGGAUAAUAAAGAUGUUGAAAUCUCAUUAUAAGAUUGA